CGUCUACGAUAAAUACCUUUCCCACAGCACCACUUUCUUCCACCAAAUACCUACACCCGCAACAGCUUUCGACAACGUCAACAGACCAACAGCACCCAAUUUGCCCAACAGCAAACUCUCUUUCUCCACCGACAACACCAUGUCGCCUCUUCUCCAGUUCCUUGCGUUUUUUGCGCUCAUGUUCCUCGCCGCCGGCCCCGUCCGCGCGCUCCUCCUGGCUUCCUUCGAGGUCGCCUCUCCCCACCUCUCUUUCGGUACCUGGUUCUUCGCCGGAUGCUGUAUCCUCUGGUGCUCUCCGCAAGCGUGUCAUGCCCUCUCCUCUUCUGUCACCGCAGUCGCCUCGCUCGUGCGUGGACUCGCCGAGAUGUCUCGCGAUACCACUGUAGCCACCUUGCGCGCUCAGAUCCAGGCCUUCCAACAACCCACUGGUACUGCGAACAGCCCCUCGAACACCUAUCAAGAUGCCAGCCAGCAGCUGAUGAAGGACCGGGAUGCACUUCAAAGGGGCUACGAUGCCUCGCUGGCGAGCAUCAAGGCCCUGCAUCUCACCGUCGACCAGCUGCAGAACAAGGCCAGCAUGUACGAACGCCACUACAAUGUGGUUGCAGUCGAGAUGGACCGCGCGAAAGCGAAAAACCAGGUUCAAAUUCUCAAGCAAGAGCUCCUGGUGAGAGAUGAAGAGAUCAAGAGGCUCCAUGAAGCCGAUCGUCACCGGAGGGAAGGCGCUGCAAAGUCCUCCAAUGCCAUGAACUCCCUUGCUCGCAAGAACGACGAGCUUCGGAGUGCCCUGGAGGCAAAAACAAAGAGGGUGAACGAGCUGGAGCCGCUUGUUCUUCAGCAUGGCCGGGACAUGUACCAGCGCGACAUCCAGGUCGCCAAGUUCAGCUCCUUCAAGGAGAUGAUCCACCAGAUGACGGAGGAGGGGGGAGAUCAGAUGAUUGUCGUCGUCCUCUUCCUUCGCUAUCUGGUGGAGAAGGGAGUCGAUCUGGCUGAGAUGGGGGUAGAUGAGAGCUUGUUUCUCACCUACCGCGACUACGCUGAGGCAGUGGCUGGCCGCCGUCCGAGCCCUCUCUUCCCUCAAGGUAUGUCAUCAUAGGUCACCCUGUAAUUCCUAAUGCAUUAUACUGACUCCAUUGGCAGGUGGAUUUCGCCUGAAGGGCAUCCAGUACCCCCUUUCCGGUCUUCGUGUGGUGGGCGCGAAGAUUGUAGAAGCUGGCUACUGCUCUG